AGUUUAAUUAUCGUUCAGGCUGUGGGUCGUGAUUUCCGCCGUUUCUAUCUUUAUUCACAGACGAAUUAGAACACCUCUGCUACGUGGAGGUAAAAUGUGUUCUUUUUUUUUUUUUUUUACGCAGCUCUAAACCACGUUACACGUUGCUGACAUUGAAUGCUGUUGUACACCGAGUCCAGCGUCUUACUGUUACAGACGGCGAGUGUACUGCCCAGCUUCAGCUAAAAUAUAAUUAUAUAUUAAAAAAAUAUAUAAUUAUAUAUUUGAUCAAUUAGCGAUCACAAGAUCCAUCGGUGACGAAAACAACUCUGCCAAUACCACUGCGUCUCUACCGGAAGCUGUGUACGACCCUGUGCUGUCUCUCGCAAGAUUGUGUUUCCUGUUUACGGGCGGGAAGAGCGAACCUGAACCCUCUAGAUAUGCUCUUGCUCUCUGGUUUCUGCUGUUCAGCUGUUCAGUUUUAGCGCUCUGUCUCUUUAAAUCCCGAGUAUCUGCUACAGUGCACAUAUUUUUAGCGUGUUGUUUUGGUCAUUUGGAUAUUUGUGAUCAACCGCUGCAGCUAAAAUUUAAAGUGAUUGGAGUGCAAGACAGAUGGAGGACCCGGCGGACUCUGGUGGCGGCGGCACCGCAGCUUCUGCGGACCCCUCGGUGCUGGUGACGGAGAUCCACUGCUCGGCGGGGGCUCGUCCCUUGAGGCUGCUGGAAUGGAAGGUAAAGCCCGGGUCGCAUGUGAACAUCGACUCGGUCCUAGCGGUGUGUAUCCCCAUCCCGGUGGAUAGACAGGCCGGAGCAGAGCCCCGGGACCCGCCGAGUCGGCAGGCUGAGAAGAAGGUGAAGUCUGACCGGGCCGGAGUUGUGAGAGAGCUGUGCUGUCAGCCUGGACAGGUCAUCUCUCCGGGGGAUAUAUUAGUACGAAUUGAAGAAUGUACCCAUCCAGUUGUCAUGAAAGGCCUCUGUGCAGAAUGUGGCCAGGAUCUCACACAAUUGCAAAACAAAAAUGGAAAACAGCAAACCCCCAUAUCCACAGCCAACGUGUCCAUGGUCCACAGUGUCCCGGAGCUGAUGGUCAGCUCAGAGCAAGCUGAGCAGUUGGGGAGAGAAGACCAACACCGACUAUACAGAAACAGGAAACUUGUGCUGAUGGUAGAUUUGGACCAGACGUUGAUCCAUACUACUGAGCAACACUGCAAGCAAAUGUCCAACAAGGGAAUCUUCCACUUUCAGCUUGGCCGGGGAGAGCCGAUGCUGCACACCCGGUUACGUCCCCACUGCAAAGAUUUCCUUGAGAAGAUCGCCAAACUGUACGAGUUGCACGUUUUUACCUUUGGUAGCAGGCUGUAUGCACACACCAUAGCAGGAUUUUUAGAUCCUGAAAAGAAGCUCUUCUCACAUCGAAUUCUGUCAAGGGAUGAAUGUAUUGAUCCUUUCUCUAAAACGGGAAACCUCAGAAAUCUCUUUCCAUGUGGCGACUCAAUGGUUUGUAUCAUUGAUGACAGAGAAGAUGUGUGGAAGUUUGCACCUAACCUCAUAACAGUAAAGAAAUACGUCUAUUUUCAAGGGACGGGGGAUAUCAAUGCACCACCUGGAUCUAAGGAAGCUCAGAUGAGGAAGAAAGCAAACAAUGUGAAUAAGCCUACUGAGGUAUCAGAGCUAGCAUCAUCUGCCCAUAAGGAGUCGGAGGAAGUAAAGGUCUCUGCUGUGGAGGAGCACAGCAAUGGCCUCAGGAAACGCGUCAAGGAGCAAAACGGCAACCAGAACACUCCUGCAGAUGACUCUUCCUCAAAAAGUGACCCUUCAAGUUCUCGGGACAAAGCUAAUGAAAGGAUACACUCAGGUGGGGAGUGCUCUACUGUAGAGGAUGCUUCUAGGGUUAACUAUUCUGCAAAUGUAAGGGAAUACCACUCCGGCUCCACUCAGCAGGACAGUGGCAGGACGAUUGCAGAUAAGCCGUUGGUCAAAAGCAGUCGUGGCAGCGACAGUGUUGCCAACGACUUUGACCUGUCUAGUGACAGCGAAAGCGAACAUGAUUCAGAGGCAGGGAAAGCCUCCUCCAACAGCGAUAGCGAAGGGAAAAAUAGCUGUAAAAGAGCUAUUGCUGUGCAACCAGAGCACAAGAAGAGCAAGGUCAACACGGUCGGGGAGAACCAUUCUGGGGAGAAGCAGGUUGAUCCCGAGGACCAGGCUUGUGAUAAUCAGUUGGACAAUGAGCAGGAUAGCCUGGGGGGCUUGGGUAAUGGAUGUAGAGAAAAAAAAGAGGCAGAGACAGAGUCCCAGAACAGUGAGCAGUCUGGGGUGACCAUGGGAGAGUCUCUGGACCAAAGCAUGGAGGAAGAGGAAGAGGAAGAAGAUCUAGAUAGGGACGACCAUUUGAUAUACCUGGAAGAAGUCCUGGCCCGCAUACACAUGGAGUACUAUGCCAGGUAUGACCGUUACCUAAAGAAGGAGUUACCCGAGGCACCUGACAUCCGCAAGAUUGUCCCUGAACUGAAGAGCAAGGGUCUGGCAGGGACGAUAAUUGUUUUUAGUGGACUGUACCCCACCAAUUAUCCCAUGGAGAGAACGCGGGAGUGCUAUCACGCAGUUGCCCUUGGAGCAAAGAUCAGCAAACACCUAGUACUUAAUGCUAAAGAUCCCAACAGGACAACACACUUGAUCGCUGCUCGACCUGGUACUGAAAAAGUGAGGCAAGCCCAGGGCUGUAAACACCUGCACAUUGUCAACCCAGACUGGUUGUGGGGGUGUCUGGAGCAGUGGGAGAGAGUGGAAGAAAAGCUUUUCCCUUUGAAGGAGGACUACAUCAAAACACAGAGAACCAGCAGCCCUGCCACAUUUCCUGACAUCCAAAGUACAUUUCAGACGCCGUUGUUCCACCCAACUCCCGUCCACCCGAAGGUACAGGCCGGCCCGGAGGUACGGAUCUACGACCCUGUAACAGGGAAACUGAUCAGGAAGGGCUCCCAGAGCUCCAGGCAGGCUCCAUACAUCCAGUCGCCAGAUCCCCCAAUCACACUGCAGGUGCACGGACAGCAGUCUUCCUUCAGGGUGGUACAGCCCCACCAGCACUUGGGUGAGGAGGAACUUCAGUGUUCGAGCCAGGAUGAUGAGCAGCCAGGCCCUUCACGGAGGGAACGACAGCCGAGCAUGUCGGAAUCGAUGCCUCUGUACACCCUGUGCAAGGAAGAUCUGGAGAGCAUGGACAAGGAGGUUGAUGACAUGUUAGGGGAAGAGAGUGAUAAUGAAAGUGAAGGUGGGAAGGAAGAAAAGAUGGAAGAGGAGGAAGCAGGAAAGAAUCCGCCAAAGGAACAAAAUCCUGAAACCCUCGGAACGACAGUAGAGAAGCCUAAAAUGUCAUCGAGCGAGGAGGGGAACUUGACUGGCAGUACCCCCAGGGGCCAUAAACGCAAAUUAGAGGAGGCUGGGGGCCAAGAUGGGAAUUCCAGUAGGGAUUCAAGCAAGGAGUCGAGUAAUGAAGACGAAGAGGGCAGCAGCUCCGAGGCGGACGAAAUGGCUGCAGCACUUGACGCCGAACUCAAUGACUUCAUAACUUGUACUAGCCAUGGGAGAAAGACGUAAAGUGGACUCCGGAAACAGCUGGGACCCGCGCUGAUCAUAGUUUGUGCCAUACUAAAAAUGCCUUGUCUAGUCUGUGUUUUAUGUUUUUUAUAUGUAUGUUUUAUCACACAUCAAUAAUAACCCUUUGAAUAAAA